AUGAGCGCAGGCCUCAUGGCCUUGCCGAACUGCAGGAUCACCGGGUCAUGGCUGGACGACGACGACGGACCCGAGGCCCGCGGCUGCGUCUGCGCAGGAGGUGUUGCGGCCUGCGGAGGAGCAGAAGAAGCCUGGCGCCUUGUUGCGCAGAACCAGAGGCCUCUCCUCCUCCGAGUCGUCGUCGCCUCCUUGCAGAGCCCCUCCACCAAGCUCGGAGAACCGGCAGCAGCUCAGGUCCAUGGAGCUGUCCCCUCGUGGCCCGAAGCGCCUGCCGACACGGCACCGUGCGGCUGA